AUGGCUGUAGUGGACCAGGAUGUGGCCGAGAAGUUUUUGGACAGCAAUCCGGCCUUCGCCAAACAAUACUAUGACACCCACUUCAGGGCCCAGGUCAUCUCAAACCUGCUGUCCACUUCCAAGAAGGCAGAGGUGGACUUCAACCAGUAUCAUAACCUGAGCUCUCUAGAGGAGAGCGAGGUGGUCUUCGACAUGGUGAGGGACAUGCAGGAGAACCUGCAGAUGGAGAGGGCCGUGUUCAACCUCAUGCGCCACCUGUGCUUCAUCAUGCGGGCGGACCGCAUGAGCCUCUUCAUGUACCGGCAGAGGAACGGCACGGCUGAGCUGGCCACACGCAUCUUUGACGUCAACAAGGAUGCCACUCUGGAGGACUGCCUGGUGCCUCCGGAAUGUGAAAUUGUUUACCCGCUGGACACAGGCAUUGUGGGCCAUGUAGCCAGUGUCAAGAAGAUAGUGAAUGUACCUGAUGUGAGCCAGAGCCCUUACUACAGUGACUUUGUGGACACACUGACUGAGUACACGACCAAGAAUGUGCUGGCCACGCCCAUCAUGAACGGCAAGGACGUAGUGGCCGUCAUCAUGGCAGUGAACAAGAUUGAUGGCCCGUGUUUCAGCGCACAGGAUGAGCAGACGUUGCAGAAAUAUCUCAACUUUGCCAAUCUGGUUCUCAGAGUGUUCCACCUGAGCUACUUGCACAACUGUGAAACCAGAAGAGGACAGGUGUUGCUCUGGUCUGCCAGCAAAGUGUUUGAAGAACUGACGGACAUUGAAAGACAGUUCCACAAGGCCCUCUACACAGUGCGAGCCUUCCUCAACUGUGACCGCUACUCCGUGGGCCUUCUGGACAUGACCAAAACAAAAGAGUUCUUUGACCUUUGGCCCAUCCUGAUGGGUGAGGUGCCUGCAUAUUCUGGACCAAAGACCCCUGAUGGCAGAGAAAUUAACUUCUACAAAGUGAUUGAUUACAUAUUGCAUGGAAAGGAGGACAUUAAAGUAAUACCGAAUCCCCCUGCAGACCACUGGGCACUGGUCAGUGGACUGCCCUCCUAUGUUGCUGAAACCGGCCUGAUCUGUAACAUAAUGAAUGCUGCUGAAGAUGACUUCUUUGAAUUCCAAAAAGAGCCUCUGGACAGUACAGGCUGGACUAUAAAAAAUGUUCUGUCCUUGCCUAUUGUGAACAAAAAAGAGGAAAUAGUUGGUGUGGCAACAUUCUAUAACAGGAAGGAUGGGAAGCCGUUUGAUGAAAUGGAUGAAACGCUAAUGGAGUCUCUUACUCAGUUCCUGGGCUGGUCAGUGCUGAACCCAGACACCUACGAAAAGAUGAACAAGCUGGAGAAUCGAAAGGACAUUUUUCAGGACAUGGUCCUCUACCAUGUCAAGUGCAGGAAGGACGAGAUCCAGAACAUCUUGAAUACACGAGAGCUGUAUGAAAAAGAACCAGAUGAAUGCGACGAAGAUGAACUGGAAGAAAUUCUGGUAGAGGUGCUGCCGGACUCGGAGCAGACGGAGAUCUUCGAGUUUCAUUUCUGUGAUUUCGAGCACUCUGAGCUGGACUUGGUUAAAUGUGGCAUUCUGAUGUACUAUGAGCUGGGAGUGGUGGACAAGUUUCAUAUUCCUCGUGAGGUGCUGGUGAGGUUCGUGUACUCACUCAGUAAAGGCUACCGAAAGAUUACCUACCACAACUGGAGACAUGGCUUCAAUGUGGGCCAGACCAUGUUCACACUGCUCAUGACAGGUGACCUGAAGCGCUACUACACCGACCUGGAGGCCAUGGCCAUGCUCACUGCUGGCUUAUGCCAUGAUAUCGACCACCGCGGGACCAACAACCUCUACCAGAUGAAGUCUGGGAACCCACUGGCAAAGCUACAUGGCUCCUCUAUCCUCGAGAGGCACCAUCUGGAAUUUGGCAAAACUCUACUGAGAGAUGAUGCCUUGAACAUCUACCAGAAUCUUAACCGACGGCAGCACGAUAUUGUGAUCCGUUUGAUGGACAUUGCUAUCAUUGCUACAGACCUGGCCUUGUAUUUCAAGAAAAGGGCCAUGUUUCAAAAGAUUGUGGAUCAAUCAAAAACCUAUGAGAACUGGGAUGACUGGACCAAAUAUAUGAUGCUUGAGUCGACCAGGAAAGAGAUAGUCAUGGCGAUGAUGAUGACUGCCUGUGAUUUGUCUGCUAUUGCCAAGCCCUGGGAGAUCCAGAGUAAGGUGGCGUUGUCAGUGGCUGCAGAGUUCUGGGAGCAGGGUGACCUGGAGAGGACCGUACUGGAGCAGCAGCCCAUUCCCAUGAUGGACAGGAACAAAGCAGAUGAACUGCCCAAACUGCAGUGCGGUUUCAUUGAUUUCGUCUGCUCCUUUGUGUACAAGGAGUUCUCUCGCUUCCACGUUGAGAUCACGCCCAUGCUAGAGAGACUGUUGAACAACAGGAAGGAGUGGAACGCUCUUAAAGAAAUACAUGAGGCCAAAAUGGCAAAGAUCGAGGAGGCCAAAAAGGCCAAAGAGGAGGCCGCAGCUGCUACAACAGCUGCCAAACAAGCGAAUGCUGCUCAAGCCUCGCAGUCCAAGACCUGUGUGCUCAGCUAGAGCUCAGAGGCUCCAGUGCAGAAACACUCCAUAUGUAUGGAACUUUGCUCAUUCAGUUCAAGUUAGAUUUCAUUAUUUUCACAUUUAGGUUUUCAAAAUCUCUCAUUAAGAUUAGAAGUUGUGGAAGACGUCAAUACAGCCGUGCUUAAUGUGAAAUGGACUGUUUCAGACAUUUUAAAUAACAGCGUGGUGAUAACGCUCUGAUGUGCUGAACAUUAGCUAAUGAAUGUUACAUUUACAUUUAAAGGAUGUUGCUGUAAUAUAAAUGAGCAUACAGUUUAUCAAUACUGUCAUAUCAAAACCUUGCAACUCUUUUAUAUCAUUUGAA